CUCACGCCUCACAAGCUCUCUCUCCCUCUUAGCCAAUCUGUUCUCUCUCUCAGCCACUCUCACGCACACGACGCUAGCGCUCUCUCUCCCUCCCAGCACACUAGCUCUCUUCGUAGCUCUUUCCCUCUCAGCCACUCUCACGCACCACACGUAGCGCUUUGUCACAACAUCUAGCAGGUUGUAGAAAAUAUGGCCAAGCAUCAUCCUGAUUUGAUUAUGUGCCGGAAGCAGCCAGGGAUUGCCAUUGGACGACUGUGCGAGAAAUGUGACGGCAAGUGUGUGAUCUGUGACUCUUAUGUGCGUCCUUGUACGCUUGUCCGAGUUUGUGAUGAAUGCAACUAUGGAUCAUUUCAGGGUCGAUGUGUCAUAUGCGGAGGAGUUGGAAUAUCUGAUGCCUACUACUGCAAGGAAUGCACACAGCAGGAGAAAGAUAGAGAUGGUUGCCCCAAAAUUGUUAAUUUAGGGAGUGCCAAAACUGAUUUAUUUUAUGAACGCAAAAAGUAUGGUUUUAAGAAGAGAUGAUGAAGGUAGAUUACUGAGGCAUGCGUAUUUCUCUAAAACUUUUUGUAUGUGUAUUGUUCGGAUAUAAGAACCGGAUGUGAAACCUUGAGCUUGUAAACUUUUUUAUGGUACAAUUAUGAAUCAUGAUAUAAUAAAUGCUUGACUAGUUUGCUACUGGUAAAA